GUCCCGCAAAUAUAGUAAGUUCUCCUCCUGCUAAGUUGUGUAGAAUCUUCCUUAAGGGAAGGCACAGCACAUGGGUUGACUUCAGCAAAACGAGUAGCCCUUUAAAUUGUGAGUUGUCCCAGCAGGAAACCCAGCCUACUGAGAGUGCAGCCAAUGAGAGCAGGAGAAAGGUGGCAUGUUGCUGUCUGUUGCUUACAAGCUGACUUCCUGCUGCCUCUGCACUGCACCAGGGAAGGGAUGGCUGCUGUUACAGGCUUACUGGAGUGGGUUUUUGCCCUGUACUUUCUCACUCAUAUUCCCAUCACUUUAAUGAUAGACCUGCAACCGCUUGUGCAUGGAGCUGGCAUCGACCCUCAGUGUCUGACGGAGUUGUUAAAAUGGUAUGCGGUUACCUUUAAAGAUUCCAUGAUGCUGGAGCCCCCUUCAUGGUUUAAGUCAUUUAUAUGUUGUGAAGCCGCUCUACAACUGCCCUUCUUUCCCUUUGCGGCCUAUGCAUUCUUAAAAGGUGGCUGCAAAUGGAUACGGACUCCAGCAAUUAUCUACUCCACUCACGUAUCUACAACUGUACUUCCUAUCUUUGCACACAUCCUGUUCCACGACUUCUCGACAUCCAAGCAUCAGGGUCCAGAGACAGUGCAGGAACGCCUUACUCUGUUAUCCUUCUAUGUGCCGUAUUUGCUGAUUCCCAUGCUCCUCCUGCUUACCAUGUUGUACAGCCCCAAAUACAACGAGGUGGAGAAAAGGAAAAAGAAAUAACGGUCAGUGGAAACAGCCUAAAUAUCUAGCCCCAUUUGUUCUCAGAAUCUCCUCCGUCCAGGUCCUGGGGGAUAAGUGCCCGUCUAGCGCAGUCUGCUGCCCCAAUUCACAUUAGUGUGAGUCCCAAAUAGAAUUGGCUGGAAGUCACUGCUCUUCCCAAAACAAGUAGCAAUUCCCCCUGCUGUACCUGCUGCUUUGGCUAGAGGGACCUGACUUCUCUGGUACUAGCAAACUGGUGUGUUUCAUCAGUGCGAACAAAACACACAUGUAAAGCCUUUGAUGUACAAUACUGAAAACAGAGCAUUGCACUUGCAUUCUGCCUCCCUUUCAGCUGCUCUCCUCCCCAAAAGACCAUGGUAAAUAUACCUGUGUGAGAAACCAUGGAUCCCCCGUCUGUUUAAAAAUAAGACAUGCUGGAGCGUGCAUAAUUGCACAGUGUUAGGACUUAAUUGACUACAAGCAGCUGGGGAGUAGAGAGGCUGUGAAGGAGGAAAUGUUUCUUUGUAUCAUUUUUAUUAGAAGUAAAACCAGGGUCUGGUUCUGCCCCCAUACACAUAUGCACAAUCCCAUUGGCUUAGGUAUUGCUGGGGGCAGAACCUGGCCCAUUAAAGUUAAGAGUCUUACUGAAUAUAUGCGGAUACAGCCAAGUCACGUAGUUGGGUAAGUCUUAAGAUUUCACAACUCUGAACUUGUGGGCUAAAACUUUAAUUAUAUAUUUUUGAUCUUGUGCCUGGGCACACCUGCCAGCUGCCUCCAAGGCCCCUUAUACCAUUGCCUAACCAUCUGGAAGUACAGUAUGAUCCUUUGUUAAAGAUUCUGCUGGUCCCAGCUCCAUUUUUGAUUAUGAAGUGGAAUCAUGGGCUAAAGUAUAUUUCAAGACCUGCCUCAAGUGGAUUUCUGAAUGCUAAAAUGUAACUUACUCUGAUAUACAUCUGCUUUUUGUAUAGCACCUUUCUUCCCAAUGGUCCUAAAGUCUUUUCCUAAGUGUGUAUGAGCAGGGACCUUUUCACCCACUUUGACCUGCAGCGUACCUCCCAGCAGCCCUGGGUUUCGUGGGGCUAUCCCACUUUGACCCUAAGCCCGUCUCAGUUGGAGCGAACAUUUCCCACAUUCAGGACUGCCUCUGGAGAGGGAGUUUGCCCUGGGUCCCCUGUUUGAGAGGGCCCUCAAACCUAGUGGUGGGGUGACCUGGUGCAUGGCAUUGCAGCGCAACUUAGGUUUGCCUGCCCACCCAUUCAUUUCUAGCUAUAGAGGGGCAGAAGGGCCAAACCUGAGUGGUGCUACGGCCUCCUUUUAGUCACCUGAAAUAUUGAGAUAAGCUGCAGCCACACCUGGGAUGAAAUGUACAAAUUCAUUCCAGUUAGGCACAGAAUGGCAAGCGGUCUGGUCUUCUGUUCCAAAUCUCUUCUAAAAAGUUGAGCAUUAACCUUAAAAUUGCUGUGACAUCAGUUAUUUGAGGUCAAGGACUAUUCUGUCAUUGAAAGUAUGUUGGAAUCCUUAUCUGCCUGCCGUGGUCUCAGUUCCAAAGGCCAACAGUUUCAUGUUGGCUACAAAAAGAACAAGAGUACUUGUGGCACCUUAGAGACUAAAAAAUUUAUUUCAGCAUGAGCUUUUGUGAGCUACAGCUCACUUCUUCGGAUGCAUGGAAUGGAACACACAGACAGGAGAGAUUUAUACAUACAGAGAACAUGAAAAGGUGGAAGUAUGCAUACCAACAGGAAGAGUCUAAUCAAUUGAGAGGAGCUAUAGUCAGCACGGGAAAAAGACUUUUGAAGUGAUAAUUAAGAUGACCCAUAGAAGGUGUGAGGAGAACUUAACAUAGGGAAAUAGAUUCAAUUAGUGUAAUGACCCAGCCAUUCCCAGUCUCUGUUAAGGCCUGAGUUAAUUGUGUCUAAUUUGCAUAUUAAUUUGAGUUCAGCAGUCUCUCUUUGGAGUCUGUUUUUGAAGUUUUUUUGUUGCAAAACUGCCACCUUCAAGUCUGUCACUGAAUGGUUAGAGAGGUUGAAGUGUUCUCCCACUGGUUUUUGAAUGUUAUGAUUCCUGAUGUCAGAUUUGUGUCCACUUAUUCUUUUGCGAAGAGACUGUCCGGUUUGGCCAAUGUACAUGGCAGAGGGGCAUUGCUGGCACAUGAUGACAUAUAUCACAUUGGUAGAUGUGCAGGUGAACAAACCCCUGAUGGCGUGGCUGAUGUGAUUAGGUCCUAUGAUGGUGUCAUUUGAAUUGAUAUGUGGACAGAGCUGGCAUGAGGCUUUGUGGCAAGGAUACGUU